GGGAGAAAAGUUAUGGCGGAAAACUUGGUUUUGCUAGAAUAGCGUUAAGAGUUUUAUACCUCAGUUUGCGAAUUAAACGCUGCCAAGUCGUUUUAUUUUUAUUUUUUUGUGAGAAUAUAAUAUUUUGCAGUCAUGGCGUCCACGGCGGCAGGAAAGCAGAGAAUACCGAAGGUGGCAAAGGUGAAGAAUAAAGCCCCGGCUGAGGUGCAGAUCACAGCUGAACAGCUACUCCGAGAAGCCAAGGAGCGAGAACUCGAGCUACUCCCCCCUCCCCCCAAACAGAAGAUCACUGAUGAGGAGGAGUUGAACGAUUACAAGUUGCGGAAACGCAAGGGAUUCGAAGAUAAUAUCAGAAAAAACAGGACCGUCAUAACCAACUGGAUCAAGUACGCACAAUGGGAGGAAAGUCUAAAGGAAAUUCAAAGAGCUCGGUCUAUCUACGAGCGAGCGCUGGAUGUGGAUCACCGGAAUGUCACGCUGUGGCUGAAAUACGCAGAAAUGGAGAUGAAGAGUCGACAGGUCAAUCACGCCCGCAACAUCUGGGACCGAGCCAUAACCAUCCUGCCCCGAGUCAACCAGUUCUGGUACAAAUAUACCUACAUGGAGGAGAUGCUGGGAAACGUAACAGGCUGCAGACAGGUGUUUGAGCGCUGGAUGGAGUGGGAGCCAGAAGAGCAGGCCUGGCACUCUUACAUCAACUUUGAGCUGCGCUAUAAGGAGGUGGAGAAAGCCCGCUGCAUUUAUGAGAGAUUUGUGAUCGUCCACCCUGUGGUGAAGAACUGGAUCAAAUACGCCCGCUUUGAAGAUAAACACGGUUACAUUGCUCAUGCCAGAAAAGUUUACGAGAGGGCCGUUGAGUUCUUCGGUGAGGAACACAUCGAUGAAAACCUCUUUGUGGCUUUUGCUAAAUUCGAGGAGAAACAGAAAGAGUUUGAGCGUGUUCGAGUGAUCUAUAAGUACGCCCUGGACAGAAUCCCUAAACAUCAGGCCCAGGAGCUUUUUAAGAACUACACAGUGUUUGAGAAAAGGUUUGGAGACAGGAGAGGAAUCGAGGAUGUCAUUGUCAGCAAGCGGAGAUUUCAGUAUGAGGAGGAGGUUAAGGCGAACCCACACAACUACGACGCCUGGUUCGAUUACUUGCGGCUGGUGGAGAGCGAUGCAGACGCCGACACGGUCCGAGAGGUGUACGAACGAGCCAUCGCCAACGUCCCUCCCAUCACAGAGAAGAGACACUGGAGGCGCUACAUUUACCUGUGGAUCAACUACGCUCUUUAUGAGGAGUUGGAAGUUAAGGAUCCUGAAAGAACAAGGCAGGUGUAUCAGGCAUGUCUGGAGCUCAUCCCUCACAAAAAGUUUACCUUCGCUAAAAUCUGGCUGCUCUACGGCCAGUUUGAAGUUCGCCAGAAGAACCUGCAGAAUGCCAGACGAGGCCUGGGCACAGGCAUUGGGAAAUGUCCGAAGAACAAGUUGUUUAAGGGCUACAUCGAGCUGGAGCUGCAGCUCAGGGAGUUUGAUCGCUGCAGGAAGCUGUACGAGAAGUACCUGGAGUUCAGCCCGGAGAACUGCACCACCUGGAUCAAGUUUGCCGAGCUGGAGACGAUCCUGGGAGAUGCAGAAAGAGCGCGAGCCAUAUUCGAGCUGGCCAUCAGUCAGCCUCGCCUCGACAUGCCUGAGGUGCUCUGGAAGUCAUAUAUUGACUUUGAAAUCGAGCAGGAGGAAUACGAGAACACACGUGGACUUUAUAAGAGGCUCUUGCAACGCACACAACAUGUCAAGGUAUGGAUCAGUUACGCUCAGUUUGAGCUGUCGAUUGAAGGCGAGGAGCGACUGCAGCGGUGCAGGCAGGUCUACGAGGAAGCUAACCGUGGCCUGCGCACAUGCGAGGAGAAGGAGGAGAGGCUUAUGCUUCUCGAGGCCUGGAAGGAUUUUGAGCAGGAGUUCGGCACAGUGACCAACAACGACAGAGUGAAGAAGCUUAUGCCCGAGAAGGUGAAGAAGAGGAGGAAGCUCACGGCAGAGGAUGGGUCGGACGCAGGAUGGGAGGAAUAUUACGACUACAUCUUCCCAGAGGAUGCUGCCAACCAGCCCAAUCUCAAACUCUUGGCGAUGGCCAAGAUGUGGAAGAAGCAACAACAGCAGGAUGAGCCUCAGGAGGAAGAAGAGACGGAAAAGGAUGAAGAUGGCCAAGCUGCUCAGCCAAGAGACGAGCAGGAGGAUACUGGCAAAACACAGGAGCCUAAAGAGAAUGUGUGUGACGACCAGGAUGACAGCGACAGCAGCAGUGAGAGUGAAAGUGAUGAGGAGGAAACUGGAGACAAAACAGAGGAGAAAACAAAUCCUCCAGAGGAGAGCUAAACUUGAAAUGACUAACGGGGCCCUUUUAUCGCCUCGGAAACUGUUCGCACUAUUCUUUUAUAAUAAAAUAAAAUGGAAAAAUGA